AUGGGUGAAAAUGAAACGUCCAGUUCCGUACAAGAAAUGAAUAUCCAAGAAGUGAAGGAUUUUAUUGCGAAAGAAUUCCAAUUAGAAAUUGCCGAGAAGUUUGAAGGUAAGCUUGUGUCGCAUUGUGUUUUUCGCGCCAUUUUACGCUGCGUAUCAUGGUUCCGUUUUUUCUUUCCGAUAACCUACUAGUAUUUGAAAAAAGGCCUGAAACUUUUCAAUUCAGCUUUGGGUUCAUUAUUGUGCACUUUGAAUCAACUCAUAUUAAACGUGAUCGAGUUUUUAUCGCUCUGCCUUGGGGGAAAACUGGUCAUUCACUGAAAGUUUUGGCGCGAAAGAAAGAAACUUCAUUUUUGAAUAAAGAUAAGAUAUUAAGUGCUGUUAAGUUAUUAAGAUUUAAUUUAACGUUACUUUAGUUAUCUUUGCAACUUUUCUAUAGUCUGUUAGAAGGGCUAGAAAUCGUUCAUAUGCCAAUUCAAAGAUGGCGGCCGCGAUCUUAGAUCGAUCAACAUUCGAUUCGUUCCUUCCCGUUCGGUUCAUAGUUGGUGUGUUUUGUUAUUGAAAAAAGUUUAAGUUUACCUGUACUAUGUACAAUAAUUUCCUCUUCUUAUUCUUUUUUCUGCAAACAGCGCAAAAAUUGACGGCAAAUCCUUAUUAUUGCUAUCAAAGAAAGCAACAAGAGAACAGUACGAAGCCUGCAGGCUGAUGACAGUGGGGGACCAACUUAAACUAACCACGCUGGUCAACGCAAGCGCUGAUAUAGAUGAAGCGUCGAGUAUCGUGAUCACCGUAGUUAAGGCAAAAAAGCCUUCGAAGGCCCAGCUGAAUCAAAUUAGCGAUAUGAAUAGAAGAAUUUACAAGACCAAGUGAGUGACAUAAGCUGGCAAUUAAGCUUUCCAUGCAUGUAACUUAAAUUUCUCGAACACGACUCCAGAGUUUGUAUUUCAAAUUUUGCGUUGUUUAGCUUUUCAUCAUCAACACAUGAACACUGGCUUGAAUUUGAGAACGUUAUUAUUCUAGGUUGUAAACAUGGUGUAAAUUUUUUUUACAAAUAUACUUCCUGCAUUAUUUCAUUUCUGCUUUUUAUUUGUAAGCCCCAAGUUUUGCGGGCCGAUCAUUUCGGAAAUGAUAGCUGAAACGAUACUUCUUUCUUAAACAAUUUGGAUUUUUGUCAAUUUAUUGAAAGUUUCAACAACUGUUGAAUCUUUCCCUUAAUAGGAGAAAAGCGAUGAGAGCGGCAGCAAUCAAACGAUGGCCAGGGAACAACAUCCCCAAAUUCAAAACCAAAAAGACAGCUGUAGCAGAGUUAAAUCAGUUAGUGGAAGAGCUUGUGGCUGAAUGCUCUUUUCCGCCUUUGAACUUUGGGAGAGAUGGUAUCAAACAACACAUUUUGGAUGUAUUGAAUGAAAGACGAAGACACCAAAGGAAUGGCCAUGAUUACUCUAAAGUAAGCUCAACCAUUUAUCUAUCACAUUUCAUCAAGACCCCCCAAACAGUUAAGGAAGGAGAAUAGAAUAGAAACUUUAUAGUGAUGUGUCAAAGAAAAUCUAGCUUCCUGUGAAUCAGGAUGCUAAGUGGGGAGACAACUAAGCUAAAAAAUAUUUGACAAUAACUUAUAUUACAAUAAUUAAAAUGACUUGAUUUCUCUUUUAAGCGCGUACUAGCUAACACCUAAUGCACAAUAGCACUGGCUCACUAAGAGUAAAACAGGGUGCUAGUUGUAGACAAAUAAUUUGUUUGGUGUCAUUAGAGGCUUGUGCCAAAUAAGACAAUCUUAACAUUUCUUUGGGCUAAAGUUUUAACCCGUUUAGGUCAACAUUUGAUACAGGGAAAUUGGAAAAUAUUUGUAAAUACCAGGGUGCAAAGAAAGUCAGUGUUACUUUCCCAGUUUGAUUGCGUGCACAUCUGGGUAGACUUAUUAACUGUUUUGUGAUAUAUAGCCCCCGACAGUAUGAAAUCCAGUAGUGACAACCGUGCUGUAGAAGUUAGCAAAUUAAGGCAGUCACUACAAUGACCACUUUUUUGAAAUUGCAGGCCGAUAAGCGAUCGCUGAAGCGUAAAACACCGAGUUCUGAACGCACUAGUACUGCUGAAAAUAACAGUUCUGCAAGUCCUUCUAGUGAUAGUCUCUCUGAUUCCACUGAGGAUGAAUCUGGGGAUACGGAAAUUGUGGAAGAAUCAGAGGAGGAAAAGACGGGUAUGUUUGAGCAUAUUUUAUUUGAUAAAUCUGCAAUGUAUCUGUUGUGGUGCAAAUUUUUCUUUGGUUUAACAUUUUUCAAACCAGGGGAUCAUGGUUGACUUUUAGGCAUUCUCAUCAAUGUUUUUCAUUGUUUAAAAUUCUUGUUAUUGUCAGUCACAAUUCCCAGAAAUUAAAAAAAUUUCUUCUAACAGGUGCUGUCUGCAGUUUAGUUCCUGGGCUUUCCAAUACCUCUUAACAGAGUACUAACAAAGUUUCUGUUUGUCUCCACAGGUCAUUGUUUACAAGCUAAAGAUUCACAAACUGCAAUUGUAAACAGCAGUAGUGUUGAAAAGAGCUGUGCCUCUGAAUCAGGCAAUACAGAUGAAGUCAUGGAAUCAGAACCUGAUGCUGAAGAAGGUUUAUAUGAUAUUAUUUUUAGAAGUUUGAAACCUUUUGUCUUUUGUGCACACAAGUAUUGUCAGGGGAUUGAGAAGAGGCCGCAACUGAAUUUUCUAUUUAUUUCCCAGCUUUCCCAGAUGACACAGCUAAACUUAUUAUAUGCGUUGCAUAUAAUGCAAUCCGACUGGCAGAUGUACAAAGAAAUCAGCUAGUUUCAUCAGCCAAAGCAAUGGGCAUAAAAAAUGCACCAAAAGAGAAGAACGGUUUGGUAAAAGUGGUUGCAGAAGCCCUUGUAAAAAAGAAUUAUGUCAGAAUCAGAGGGAACCCAAAAAAUGCUUCAAGGCGUGACAUACAAAAGCUGAAGCCAUUUUAA